AGGCCCAUUGUUGAGUUUUCUAUCGAAAACUUGGUUGCUCUUCGGCUUCGUGAAUCAAGGCUGAAAAAAUCACAACAGAACCAAUCGCACAAUGAGCAAAUUGAGUGUGGUAAGAAUAAGCGGGAUUUAGAGCAAACAAAGAAGCAUCUUUCGGCUGGUGGACAGAAGCCGCUUCCUUCUUAUCUAGGACCUAAAAUUCGGAGAAAAGAUACAAAUAUGAAAAAGACUCAAGUAAAAGGAAAAAUCGGCAAGAAAAGAAAACUGCAGACGACAAUGUCUGAAACAGUGUCGAAGAAGAAAAAGACAAGUAGUUCCAAACAGCUUACGAAAUAUCUCACCUUAUCAGGCUGA